UCACAAAUAUCUCCAGCCGGAAUCCAAAGCUUCAAUCGGAAAACCACUUGAGGCCAAGAAUAGGCAAAGGAUUUGUGGUGUAAAUAAGGCACCAACACAACAUACUGUGGUGCAUGAAUGAAUUGAUUUGGUCAUGUAUCCGUUGGGAAGUGUUGUUCUUCCUGCUUGUAUUUCUCCAGUCUGGCUCUUCCUGAAAGAGCAGACUGUGGGAGGAGCCAAAUAGAGAAGAGGGAGGAGGAAAGUGGUAUUUGAGUUGCCGUCUCAGUCGCACUCACACACACACACACUCGCACAGAUACAUUCACUGGAGCGCCGACUCUCUGCUGAGCUCCAUUCUUUAAAAGGCUCUACAGCUUGAGAGCUUCAUCCUGCUCUCGGAAAUCACUUGUCCUGGAAAAGAGUCCAGGAUUGCAAAAAAAGGCUCUGGUUUUUAAGGAGUGUUUUACAAGUUGGAGGCAUCCAGAGUCUGACGGGAUAGGACUGAGCCACUGUGUUUCACAAAAACUAUUCCGCUAACCUUUCAGCUGUAAGAAGCUCACUUCAGGAUCUGCCCCAUCCUGGUGGGUCACUCAGCCGGACUGAUGUGGAAUGCGACCCUUUAUGACCCCAUCCCACGGGCCUCUAUUCAAUGAGCCGGACUCGGGAGAGCACAGAUAAUAGAAGCAAGAGGCUGCCCCACAAAAAAGAGUGAAGUAACAGCAGCAGGAGUGUUCGGACUGGUAAGAAAGUUAAAGGGGCCCUUAAAGGUGGGGAAAAAGAGCUUAAAACACAAAAGAGCAGGAAUAAAGAGACCUGUGAAAACAAAAGUCUUUCUUGGGACUGCAAGGCUUUCAUAAAAGCAAGAAAAACUUUGACCCUUAGCCUUCAUUUCACCUCUUAAAUUAAUCCCACUGCUACCCAUCAUGCCAGUGGAGACCCUUCGUCCCACAGAUGGACGUCUGACGGGGGGUCCCUUCACCUCUGCCAUGCCUUUCCGUAUCCUCAACAAAGGCCCGGGCUACUUUCGCAGACUACCAGAGACAGGAACUCGGAAGCUUAGUGCAGUUGAGCGCCUGGAAGCAGACAAGGCCAAGUACGUAAAGAGCCAGCAAGUAGCACUUACUAGACAAGAACCUGUGAAGCCCCCAAUAAUCCGCAAACCGCUAUUAUCACCAAGCAUGUUAAUGCAAUGCAGAAUAAAUACUCCACCAGCAAGGAAGAUUACCCGACGGGUACUGGAUACAGAGAAUGGAGGACCAGAUCAUGGCAUGAGCAGAGGGCCGCAACUCAACCUGGAAGUACUCAAUAAUCUAAUCAAUGUUUGCGAUGGGCCACUUGCAUCCUCUUCCAUUCCUUCCUCUCCUUCUCCUACAGCCUCCUCUCCCUCUUCUGGUGGUCAGAGCGUUGGUAGUGGACAAUCUGCAGAACUGCAGCACUGCAUCAAUUUCAAAGCACAUCUUGCCUCAACACCUAACUCCUCUCGCACAUCUUCUCCUCUUAACAAUCAACCCUCACCUGCAGAGCCUAGCCGAAGGCCGCCUCCUGUCCCAGCUAGAGCUCCCCGACUGGUACCACAAGGUAGUUAUGGUCCACCCAACUCUGUAACUGUACGACGGGUGGAUGUGCGACCUCAAGCGGAAAUCAGAAAACCUCAAAGAAUGCCUCUACAGCCCAAACCUCGGCAGACCCAACCACAGGUAGCCCAGCCACAGGCACCUCCCACACCUGUUCAGCAGCAACCUUCGGCAGCUCACCCUCCAUCCCCCUGUAUACCUUCCAGCCCACGACUUCUGCGCCCGGGCAUUAUACCCCCACCUUCCCCUGCUUUUACUCGCCUGUCUUCAGCCAGCUCACGAGGCUCACGUCCAGGUUCAACCCGGAAACACCCCUCCCUCCACCGUUCCAAAUCAGACUUAAGUGAUCGUUACUCUCGGGCCACAGCUGACCUGGAGCGGUUCUUUAAUUACUGUGGGCUGGACCCAGAUGAGGUGGAUGGAAUGGGUGGUGUGGAGUGUUUUGCCCGGGCAAAUUCGGACAUUGUUUCAGUCUCAAAGCUCCGCAGUGUCAGUACGCCUAGCUCAGAGUGCGGGGAUGGACAGCGAGGAGAGGAAGAGGAUGAUGAAGAUGACGAUAUGGGGCCUAUCAAACCCAGUGAGCGGGUUCCCUACGGCAUCUCCGUCAUCGAGAGGAAUGCCCGUGUCAUUAAGUGGCUCUAUGGUAUUAGGCAGGCACGAGAUGUCUCACAAAACAUUUCCAAUGUCUAGAAGCUUCAUUCAGGAUGUCUACUAUGCCAGGAAUAUCAGAUAUAGACAACAUAAAUAUGCCAGACUGAACUGAAGUCUUUCACACACUUAAUAUUUAUUGUCUGAAAAUGUUUAAAGGCUCUGACAAGUAAUUGUUUUGUUUGUAUUUGCCUUACUUACGGGAUAAUGUUCAUGAUGUUUGUUACAUAGAAUUUACAUGGACAUCCUGUAUCUUGAGCAUCUGAUGAAUCUCCAGAUGCAGAAUCCUACAGACUUUCAGCACUGUGACUUUGAUGCAGUUUGAUUUAAGCAAUAAGAUGAUGAUAUAAAAGAGUGACUGAAUGGAUGAUGAUGUCGAUGAAGGCAGCAGUGGAUCUGCUGUGCUGGUGCUGUUCAGGUACAAAGUCUUUAUUUAACAGCAGUGCUGUGGGACGUGUGGCCUAAGCUAAUUUCUUGGAACCGUUGUGUUCAUAGUAUUGAAAAUCAAGCAGGUACUUACUAGUUUUGGAAGCCUUUCUUUUGUUUAAAGAAUUGCGGUAUGAUUAAAUCUAUUUACAUUGCAUUAUGAGGUCGUCAUUUGGUGUCUGUGGUAUUGAGGCCUCAGGGACGUGUUUAAUAAGCCACACCUAACAGAGAAACGGACUGCAGUGUCCUACCAGUACACAUAUAGAAACCAGGAUGCACACUAACCCCUGCUCACUGUGCACACACUUUUGCUCCAUAGGUGUCAAAUUCACAAGUGCGUCAGAUGUUUGGUGUAGAUGUUUUUGAAGGCGAGACUAUGAUACUGUGAAGAAUUCAGAGCUUCCAUGGAGACACUGCUUCUCAGCAAACAUGGCUGAUAGACUGUUAAUAUUGCAUAGAGGUUUAGAAGUUUAAAAUAUAAGCAUGUGAGAGAUUCUUGUCAGCAUGCACAUGUCAGUGUACAGCUGUAUAACCUGGCAAAGCACAGUUGCACAAUGUGCACUCCUCAAACAUGCAUUCCAAAAACCUAUGGACAUACAUUCCGUUCAACAUAAUGUUUAUAUAUGGCUUGUGUGAGUUGUGGUUGUUUGUGACUGUUCUUUUUGCCUUUUUCAAUGUUUUGGAGAGAGAUUUUUUUUAUAAGUCAGCUGUUUAAGAAAGGUGAGGUUUGAGAGCUUACAAAACUGAGAGAGUGUUUGGCUUGAUACUCUAGGGCAGGGGUCCAAACUCAGUCCUGGAGGGCCAGUGUUCUGCAUAGUUUCUGCCUGGAAGUUUCAAUUAUACCUUUUUUAUUGCAAUUUUAGAACACAGAACAUACAAAGGCAAUAACAACAUUAUAUUAACAUCCAAUCAAAUGCAAUAUAAGAAGAAAAUAAGAAAUAAAAUUAUUCUAAAAACAAAACUUCAGGCGUGAAAAUAAUAAAGUUCUUUUUGCCUUGGUAUUUUUUGUUUCUUUUAUUGUGUAUAGGUAAUGACCUACUUCUAUUUUAAAGUGAGUAAGAUUAGGUUUUUUACAGCCCAUUUACAUUUAUGAAUAAAAAUGUUCCAUUUAAAAUGAGCAAAUUAACAAUAUGCCAAAUUUUGAAGUCGACUGUAUUCUCAUGAAAAAGGUGGUUAGAGCUAAACUAUGCAGAACUGCGGCUCUUUAGGAAUUGAGUUUGAAACCACUUUUCUAGGGGGAAUCAAAUCUGUUAAAUGUGUUUACUGCAGAAUCUUCGCACUUGUACUGAAAAUGAAAGCCUUACAAAGAGAAAAUGUGAUUUUGAUGGGAACUGGUUGAAUUUGUGAACAUUGAAAAGUCAUGAAUCUACACAAGAGGAUGAAAGUUUUUAAACGUUUUGCUUUAAAACUUAAUAAUCAAGAUUAUUUUUUCCUUGACUGUGCAAUCUAAAUAUAGCCAUAAAUACAUGAAAAGAUGAAUGCAACAUUUCCAUUGACUGAGAUACAUUGCUUUGCUGGCACAUUCAGAGGGAAAAGACACAAAGGUACACACCUUCAUACAGCUCAGCACAGUAGUAAUUGAAGUAAGAGGGUAACAUGAUGGAUUUGCUUUUUUUGUCAAGUUUACCAUUGGCUCGGAAAGAGUCGAAUACAAAACUGGUCUUUUGAAGAUGUCAAUAAAAAGAUGUUUUUGAAAACAA